AUUUUUUUCUGGCUACGCCCCUGGUUAAAACCAGUUAUAACUCAUAUUAAAAUCUGACUCACAUCUCACGACUGAUGUCUGAUAUGGUAUUAACUUAUUUCCAUAUGCUUCUCGUCAAUAAUUAAAGGUUAAAAAAACUGAAAAUUAUAAAUUAAUUAAAAAACAAAUGUCAUUCCAAGACGAACUCACCUGACAACUGGAACUUUGUAUCUGGGCCAAACUAAAAAACCCAGUUAAGUUGUGGGCUUUAAUUUUAUGAUAGAAAUAUCUUACAAAUGGGCUUCUAUCCGAAGGUUUGUUGUGGUAUAUUGGCUUCAUUCCGUUCUUAAAAAUGAUAAAAGCACCGGAGCUAACCUCCACGCUACCGGAGCUCACUCCUCCGUUCAUCCUCGGUCCACAGACACCGCCGGAAAGACGAACUUGGUUUCACAGUUGGAGCUCCGAAGAGGUGGUUUGAUUUGAUUUGUUGAUAUUUUGAAGAGUGUAGAUUUCCUUCCGGUUAUGGGUUAUUCCACCCUCAAUUUCUUUUCUCAGUCCACCCCUAGUUGCACGCUCGAGUGUAAAAUUCCGUUCACCGGACACAAUUCGGUAUGUAAUAGUUUUGCCUUUCAGAACUAUAAAUGUCGAAGACCCAAUCCAUACCGAUUUCUGAUUUUUGGAAGCAUAAACGAGUGUGGGGUUAGUGGAAAUGCGGUAAAAGAGAUAGAGAGCUCGACAGUAAAAUUUGAUAAAAAAGUUCCCGAGUUGACCGAGGAACAAAUGCUGGCUAUAUCCCAACUUUCUUCCAAGAUGUCGAAUAGAUGCAAGGCUUUGAUGAGAAAAAUAAUUUGUCUUUCGGGCGAAAAUGGUAAUGUUGAUAAUAUGUUGGCUGCUUGGGUGAAGAGCACAAAUCCAAGAAGAGCGGAUUGGCUUUCUAUUCUCAAAGAACUGGAGAGGACGAGUCAUCCGUUGUAUUUCGAGUGCGCGCUUUUCGUUGUUAAAAAUCGCCAGGUGUUUGAAUGCGCCUUCACACAAGACUCGUUCGAGCCCAACAUCCGCGACUACACCAAGAUAAUCCACGCGUACGCGAAGCAAAACAUGCUGCGAAAAGCCGAAAACGCCCUCUCAUCCAUGAAGAACAAAGGUUUUUUAUUCGACCAAGUAAUCCUAACAGCCUUAGUCCACAUGUACAGCAAAUCGGGCGACCUCGAACGAGCCGAACAAUCGUUCGAGGACAUGAAAAUGCUCGGCGUCCCAUUAGACAGAAGGUCUUACGGGUCAAUGAUCAUGGCCUACAUUCGGGCCGGGAAAUUGGGCUCUGGAGAGAGCCUGCUUAGGGAAAUGGAGGCCCAAGAUGUUUACGCGGGCCGUGAAGUUUACAAAGCCCUCUUGAGGGCGUACUCUAUGUUGGGUGACAGCUGUGGGGCCCAGAGAGUGUUUGACGCGAUCCAGCUGGCGGGUACAAUCCCGGACGCUAGGGUUUGUGGGCUUUUGAUAAAUGCUUAUUUGGUUUCGGGCCUGAACAGAGAGGCCCGUGUUGCGUUUGAGAACAUGAGGAAAUCGGGCCUGGCGCCGAAUGAUAGGUGCGUGGGCUUGGUGCUGGCGGCUUUUGAGAAGGAGAAUAGAUUGAAUGAGGCUUUGAGUUUGCUGGUCGAGUUGGAGAGGGAAGGGUUCGUGCUCGGGGAAGAGUCUUUGAGAUUGGUUAUGGAUUGGUUUAAGAAGAUUGGUAUUGAGGAGAAGGUUGAGGAUGUGUUGAGGGAUUUUGUCCCGAGGACAACGUGA